CCUCAUUUCUUCCUCACGCCAAACCACGAAUGAAGGUCGCAAAUCGCACUGUGAGCACCCAAUUCUUUCUUUGAACUCUCCCGGGAUACUAUGAUGAUUUCCAUAUAACAUUAGAACCGUUGCGACUGACACCUCCGGGUGGUUGAUCUCACAUCGAUCCGUUGUCUGAUAAUUUCCCCAUUUGAUACCAAACGAUUGUGCGCUUCUUGAGCAUAGAAUAUUGGCUAAUCUGGGUAUCAAUCACAGAAUGCGUGGCGCCUCUUCCCUCCGCUCGUUGAGGCCAUGUAUUUCUAGGAGUCUUUCCUCCGUGAGAAAUUCUCACUCCACGCCAAGCAAUCCUCUUCUUACCACGGCAAUCGUAGGAUCAAACCCUCGAUACCUGAACCGUUGCCAUUCGACAUCCGCAAAUACCGAAAGGUGUAGCAAGUUAGAGAGUGUUGGCGCCUUGAAAUGGCCCCGCAUUCGGAGUGACCGCAAUGCAGUCUCUAUCGCGAAAUAUCUUGAGCGUUAUGCCGAAUUGACACCCGGGGAAAAAAGACAUCAGAAAAAUGUCGUCGUACGGGGUAUGGAAUGAUAUAUGGCCCCGGUGCUUUGAUCACACGUACUCACGAUAUUCCAGGCCGGGUAGUCUCUGUUCGUAAAGCCGGUGGCCAAUUGUUCUUCCUGGAUGUUGAAGCGGGUGGCCAUUCCGUACAAGGUGUUUUUGAGGGCAAGUCAAUUCAUUCUGGCUCCUCGUCAAUUUUGCAACAAUUCAAUGAGGUCUUUUAUGUAUUGAGACCAGGGGACAUCGUUGGUCAGUACCCUGUUGAUGCUGUAAAUACACGUCCCUAACAUCAUUACAGCUUUGUCUGGCAACCCACACCGUACAAAAUCGGGACAGUUAUCGGUGUUUGGCACUGAUGUGCCAUCAAUCUUGUCACCAUCACUGAGCAUUCAUCCAAAGGAACUCACAGACCCGGAAGCUCGAGUUCGGAAUCGGCAUGUAGACAUGCUGGUCAAUCCAAAAGUACUACAGACUUUAAGGCUUCGAUCACAUGUCAUCCAAUACAUCAGAAAUUUUCUAUUGGAAGACAACUUUUUAGAGGUACAGACACCUAUAGUGGCUGGUGAUGCUGGUGGUGCCAUCGCAAAGCCAUUCAUAACGAAUGCGACAGAAUUUCCCGAAAAGCAGCUGGCGCUUCGCAUUGCUCCAGAAAUAUGGCUGAAACGUCUACUGGUUGGAGGAAUGGGGAGUGUAUUCGAGAUUGGGCCAGUCUUCCGAAAUGAAGGUCUGGAUGCAACCCAUAAUCCCGAAUACACCACUUGUGAAUUCUACAAGUCUUUCGCAAAUCUAGAUGAUUUGAUCAAAAUGACGGAGGACAUGGUGGUUGGUAUUGGAGGGCUCGUUAACGAGCUUCACGCAUCACCCAAGAAACAAUUCGAGGCAAUCCCAAAAGUUUCCGAAGCACUUCUUAAAUCACCUUUCCAACGUCUCGAAUUUGUCCCUACAAUUGAGAGGCAACUUGGCUUCAAACUUCCAGAUCUUCUUUCCCAUACUGCCACCGAAGAGCUCAUGGCCAUUCUCAAGAAGAAUUCGAUAUCGAUUCCAUCGUCACCAGACUUGCCACGUCUACUUGACAGAUUAGCCACUGCAUACAUCGAGCCUUUGUGUGAUGGUCCUACAUUUGUUAUAAAUCACCCAGCAUGUAUGGCACCGUUAGCGAAGUCAUACAUUGACCCUUCCACCAAGCAAUUGGUCUCUGCUCGCGCGGAGCUGUACAUAGAGAAGAAGGAAAUCGCAAAUAUGUACGAAGAGGAGAACUCCCCAAUUGAACAACGAGAUAAACUCGUCCAGCAGGCAGCAUUCAGAAGAGAUGAGAACGUAGCUACUGUUGAUGAGAGCUACAUCGGUGCUUUGGAGUUUGGUCUACCCCCUACGGGAGGUUGGGGCUGUGGUAUUGAUCGUCUGGUCAUGCAUUUUGCUGGAGCCAGUCGCAUUAGUGAUGUCUUGCCCUUUGGGAGUUUGAGGAAUGUCGUAAACUUGGUCAAUCCUGCUCCGAGAACUAGAUGAGAUUUCUAUUAAGGCGGUGUAAGAUUCAUAUACAACUUGUAGAUUAGCGUAUAUAAAACCACAACCAUAUCAAAGAAUAAAGACAUUCUCAAAUGAUCA